AUGUCCACCUCAACCUCUUCCAACCAAAUUCCCAAAGAUUUGGCUGAAAUAUCUGAGAGAUUUGAAAAAUUAAGAGCCCGUUCGAGCAACAGCAAUAUGGCCACUUUCAACACAACCAGCUCCUACAAUCGGACUUAUGAAAAGAAGGUCAUCGAAGAGGGGUCUCCCAACAUCCGUGUCACCACUCAGACUCAUACUGCUCUUCCAGGCGGAAUUCCAGAUAUCGGAAAUAUCCACUCGUCGAUGCUCUCCAACUUUCCGAAUUUGGCAAUUUCCAGUCCAUCCGUCGUUGGAACUCAAACCGGAAACAUCACCUCAAUCCGUGUCACCAACACCAGUUUCCACGCUGUCUUGGAUGUCUCCAAGUAUGAUGCCGAUUCGUUGAAAGUUACUGUAAUCGAUCAAUCGAUAAUUGUCGAAGGAUCUCACGGAGAGAAAGAAGACACUUACGGAACAAUCGAAUCGACAUUCAAACGUCGUUUCCCUCUGCCAACUGCCGUCCCACCAGAAAGUGUCCAAUCUCAACUCACUGCCGACGGCCAUUUGACUAUCGAUGCGAAGGCGCCGGAGCCAAAACAAGAGGGAGCUCGUCCCAUUCAGAUUAAAGUCAUCAAUACUGCCGCCACUGAGCAGAAACAAUAG